AUAAAACGUCCAACCAACGAAGGUCGGCCAGUGUUGCAAACGAUUCGCAUGUGACCACAGUGGACACUGGCGUUAACAAUUAUUGGCUAAUUAUAUCAAUCGUCUCCAAUUGCUCGCCAAACAAACUGCAAAAACAUUUGUGUUGCUGACUAAUAAGAAAGAAGUAAGGAGUGAAUAAUGUACGAAUCGGCACAAAUUAACUAACAAUAAGUUGUUCGAAGCAUCUUAUAGAAAGAUCAAUUUUUUUUUAUUAUUAAUGAUAAUAUCAAAAGAUAAAAAGCGAGAAUGAUAAUGUAUUACUUGCAACUAAAGAUAACUUAUCGAUAUUAAAAGACAGAAAAUUUACUAGACAAAUUACGUGUACUUUUCCAUCGACAUGUGACACAGCAUAGUAGUUAUUUUCUUCGUCAUGUUCGCCAAAUACGGAUUGACUACGCCUUAUAUGUCAUGUAACUCCCUCCAUUUGCUAAAUGCCAAAAUAAUUUGUCCUUGCUGUUACGUAACAUAUGCCUAUUAUAUGUAACAUUAUUUAUUGCUUUGUAGAUUUUGAAGUAGGUAUACGAUUCGAUCGACAUCGCUACGCACACGUAUUGAUCAUUUGUACUAAAUCCCCUUCUUGACCGAUGUGUUUUUCCACAGGAGUAGGAGUAAAAACAAGUGGAGAGGAGCAAUAGGCAGCUUAUAUUAUUCGAUGCUUAGUCUGAAAGUCACACAGUAGUGGGCAAGCACGUGAUUGGCAUUAUUAGCGAGCGGUAUCGGUAUCGAUUAGAAAGAGUUCAUGUGACGAUGUGAUUUAAAGAAGAUCGUUAGCAACUUAACUCAUCUCGGUAGUAUUUUUCAGCAAUAAUAAUUUAUUAUAAGCCACAUGAAAAAUCGUUUUUGUAAAUAAUGACAGAAAACAAGAAAAAUGAUACUAAAGGACAAGCUCCAGAUGGUGGCUGGGGUUGGUUUGUUUGUCUUGGAAGCAGUCUAAUUGCGCUCUCUUUGCGAUCCUUGGAUCCAUCAUUCGGAUUGCUUUUCAAAGAUCUAUUAGAGGAUCUCAAUGUCGACUCCACAGGAACAUCAGUUAUAAUGAGCGUCUUAGAUGCCAUUGUCAAUUUUUCUGGUUUCCUAGUCGGUCCAUUACUAAAAAGAUAUUCUUACCGACAAAUCGCAUUUUUUGGAUCUUUAUUAAGCUGCAGUGGUUUAAUAAUUACAUCGCAAGCUGAUAGUAUGCUGUAUAUUAUUUGUUCCUAUAGCGUGUUAGGAGGUCUAGGUACUGGCCUUGCCACGGCUUGCUCUUUCAUUGCCUUGAAUACGUUCUUCGACAAAAAACGUGGACAAGCAGUGGGUUUUUCCAUGGCGGGAACGGCGUUGGCAAUGAUGGUCGUACCGUUGUUAAUACAUAUGCUGCUGGACAUAUACGGAUUUCGCGGCACAACGCUCAUCGUCGGAGGAUGGGCAUUACAUUCUGUGAUAGGAUCAUGUUUGUUACGUCCACUUGAAGAACGACCAUCGCCACCGCCAGUCAAAAAAAAGCCUGAUAAAGACCGAGAGCACGAAGCUUUAUUAAUGAAACCAAAUCCUUCUGGAGCACGAAGAAUGUCAAAUGGAUCAAUGUGGACCAAGGAUCAAGAUACAGAAAAUGGAUCAAUCUCACCUAAGAAAGAAUCGUUCAUGACGAAGAUAAAAGCAACUUUUGACUUGGAUCUUCUAAAAAAUUUCACGUACUUAAAUGUCGUUUUAGGCUGCAGCUUCGUUUACGUGGCUGAGUCAAACUUCAAACUGAUGACUCCUUUCUUUCUCUCGGAUAUCGGAAUGACGAAAGCGGAGGUCGCCUUUUGCCUGUCCCUGACUGCGUUCACCGAUAUCCUCGCUAGACUUCUGCUGCCGACGCUAUUCGACAAAUUCGGCUGGAAAAAGCGCAUAGUCUUUUGGAUUUCCAGCCUCUUUAUUGGGAUCACGCGCUCCAUAUUAGCGGAACAAUCGGAAAGAACACCAUUGAUUGUCAUGUUUGUAAUAGCUGGAUUUUUGCGUGGCGCUACAUUAGUGAAUUUAAAUCUCUGUAUAUCCGAGUGUUGUACUUUGAAGAGGCUACCAAGUGCAUUUGGAAUAUUUAUGGUGUUUAAGGGCUUAUGCGUAGUCACCAUGAGUCCUUUAAUUGGAUACAUCAGAGAUGUCAGUGAUAGCUACAAGAUCUGUAUUCACGUGAUGACCGGCAUGAUACUUACCACAUUUAUCGUGUGGAGCAUUGAAUUUUUAUAUGGUAUCUUUUAUAGACAACUUAUCAUUGUUAAGAAAUUGCAACAGCAAGUUGUAGCAGAAUAUUGUCGGAAAAGAUUAUCAAAUUGGACGGACACUUGCGGAACGGUGAUUGAUACGAUUGAUAGAAUGUCACGUGGCGUAGUAGAUCGGGGCUGGGCAUGGGCGAUCGUUAUCGGCGUGACUGUUAUCAAUCUAGCCGUGCUCCCGGUCCAGCAAUGUUUCGGCCUUAUUUUCGCGGAACGUUUCGCAAGUCUCGGCAUCACUGCGACGCAAACAAGUCUGAUUCUUCAUCUUAAUGGAACAAUAACAUGCAGCCUCGGCCUGAUAAGCGGUCCGAUGAUGAAGAGAUUCGCUUUUCGUCAGGUCGCAUAUUUCGGCAGCCUGACCGUCGUCCUCGGAAUCUGCGCCGCUGCCUUCGCUGUGUCUCUCUCGACUCUUAUUAUCACUUAUUGCGUUAUCAUUGGCAUAGGCCAAGGAAUCAUUUUUCCAGCGACAACGUUAGCUUUGAACACGUACUUCCGCAAGAAACGCAACGUGGCCAUGGGUUUUUCGGUUACGUUAACCGGUCUGGGCCCGAUCUUAAUGCCCCUUUUGAUAGACGUACUUCUCGGGAAUUUUGCCACGACUGGCGCUCUCCUGAUCCUUGGUGGAAUCGCCUCGCACUCUCUCAUUGGUGCGUCGCUAUUAAGACCGUUCGGAAAGCAGAAAGAGCAGAUUGUUCUGGUAGACAAAAUUGCCGAUAUAUCGAAAGAGGAAAGUUCACGUGUUGAUAAUGAGGCAAAUGUAGAAAAUAACGCCGUUCAAAACCGGUUAUUAAGUGACGAGAACAAUGAAGAGGAAAGACAACCGAAUCAUCGGCCAAAGAAUAGCGAGACUGAAAUGAAAAGUAGACAUACUUCGUGCCUUAGAAAAAUUGUUACGAACAUGGAUCUCGAUCUUCUUCGUGAUAAUCGUUAUAUAGCGAUAGUUCUAGGUAUGGGCGUCUCGUUGGUGGCCGAAACGAACUUCAACGCAACGAUACCUUUCGUCCUGGCCGAAUUGGCGAAUCUCGACCGAACGUCGAUCGCUACAGUGAUGUCGAUUCAAGCCGCCGCGGACAUCACGGGGCGCCUUUGCGUACCGUUGCUGGCGCAAAAAACCGGCUGGACAUGCAGGAAUCUUUAUGUGAUGUCCCUGCUGGGAUCGAUCCUCGGAAGGACUAUUUUGUCGACGUGGGGUGAUACCUACGUCAUCGUGAUCGGAGUAGCUCUGAUCGUCGGAAUGGCAAAGGGAACCAAAGCUGUCUUCCAAGCUCUAAUCAUUCCCGAUUACGUACCAUUGGAGAGGCUGCCGGCUGCAUCCGGUAUUCAGAUGGUUUGUAACGGCAUCCUGUCUAUCAGCGUGGGACCAAUUAUCGGUUUGGUGCACGAUUCAACAGAUAGUUACGUGGGUGCGCUUUAUUUCACAUCCUUUCUCAGCCUGUCCUGUGUCUUCCUGUGGUCGAUAGGUGGACUAUGGGCUCUCGGUAGAAAUACUCUAAAAUUGAAUCAGCGAAAUCCAUCGGGAGAGCAAGAAAAUUCUCACGAAAAUACGUAAAUCAGUAAUUUAGCGAUUUAAUAUUUUCAAUCUAUGAAUGCAUGAAACAUUGAUGAUUAUAGAGUUUUUGAUAUGUUAUAUAUACUUUUAUACUGAGAAUUGAAUGUGGUAAUUCUAUGAAAUCUCUCUGGCAAUAUUGUAUAGAAUUAUUUAUUAUAUUGAUAAAUGUAAAAAAUUUAAAGUUUCUCUCGUAUCAAUAAUUUUAAUUCAUCGA